AUGUUUAAGGAUAAUUACCAGGCGUAUCAGCCUCGGUCGCAUUACUUUGUAAAACAAGCUCGUAGAAUAUGUAAUACAAUCUUAUAUUCAAAGAAUUCAAAGAAAUUUGGACCUAAUAAUCAAAUGCUAUCCUUUAAAUGGCAUGGCGUCGAAAAACCUCGAAUAAUCAAGGAAAGGAUCAGAUUUCCGGCGAUUAAGUCAGUUGGAGAAAUUUCGAGUAAUAAAACAAUUAAGUCAGUUGACAUAAAACAACUUGAAUUAAAUAUAUCAAGCAAUUUUAACAUGUUGUUUAUAUUUUCAGAGGUUUCGGCAAUUAACACGCCCGCUGGUAGCGUUGCAAAUGGUGCUACUAUCACAAUCACUUGGUCAUAUACUCCACAAGCGAACGCAAUUCCAGGCAUUUUGAGCGUUAUCGAUAGCACAACCAAAAACACAAUCAUAAUUAGCAGUUCCAUAACUCUCAGUACUCAAUCUUAUCAAUGGACGGUCAAUGUCCCCGCGGGCACUUAUAAUCUUGCUCUCAACGACGGUUCUGGUGAUAAAUAUUCUGGACCAUUCACAGUCUUCCAACCCGCAGCCCAAGCCCCCGCAGCCAGCGGUGGCAAUAGCAAUAGCGCUCCUAAACAAACAACAAGUUCUACACCUACAACAGCACCAACAUCUGAUGCAGCUAUAAGCUUCACAGGAUCAAGCAUUAAACUUCUGUUUAGUCUUAUUGUAGUAGCAGCAGCAAUGGUGCACUUUGCCUAA